AUGGCGUGGCGUCUGAUGAGCCUUCUGCUAGCCCUCCAGCUUUCAGGGCACAGCGGAAAAGUCUACAAGAGCCGAAUAACCAUAUUUACGGAGCGACAGGAUCGCGAAUGGCAAGGCGUGAAUAGUAACACGGGGGAUAACCAUGGUGGCUGGUUGGUGCGCAUCAUGAACGGCAAUGGGUUCUUUGCAUGUGGCGGAGCCUACUAUGCACCCCUAAUGGUGCUGACCUCGGGUACCUGUAUACACGACUACCGGUACGCUUUAGAUGGAGCCAGUGCCGACACGCCGGCAGUUGCAGAUCAUGAGACGGAGAACUUCUCCCUCCUGGAUACGGUGCACACGCCCGACGACUUCAGGCAUACUGAGAACUUCAUGGACAUUGCGGUGGUCCAGUUGGGAGCGCCCAUACGAGGGGUGCUUACGGAGUUCAUAAAGCUAUGCACUAAGCCAACUAAGGUGGGAAUGAACAUGUCGUCCUAUGCAUGGGGGUAUGGCAACUUAGACGUACAGCUGCCAACAAUAAAUCCAAAAAAGACAUAUGUGCCCGUCGAAGAUCUAGGGGAGUGUCAAAAAAAAUUCUGGGAACUGAGGCGGAAGCCAACGGCAACAUCAUUGUGUGUUACGCAACCUAAGGACAAGAUGAAGUGCCGCUACGAUCCUGGUGCACCUUUAACUUGGAGAAAUGAACUUUGUGGAGUAGUGUCGAGAGGUUCGAGGUGCUGGAACACAUCCUACCCGGGCAUCUACACCGAUAUCUAUAAAGUCAGGAAGUUCAUUGAGGAUAUUGAGGAAGGGAUCGAAAAUGGCGAUAUUAAGAAAAAGGGCAACCUUAAAUAG